AUGGAAUCACCUAAAGCUGGUGGAUCAAGGAAUACAUCUGUGGUUAUUCUUACACUUGAUACAAGUGAGCUAGGUUAUGAUGUUUUCAACUCCCAAGAAGAAGCACUAAACUACAUCACAAAUGGUUCAAAAUUCAUUUGCAAAAGUGGUGGUUGUGUAUACACCAUUAGUGAAAGCAAAUGGAUCAAAAUCUUUCUUCAAAAUCCUCAACCACAAGGGAAAGGAGAAGUCAAAAACAUUCAAGAACUCACUGAACUUGAAAUUGAUGGAAAACAUUACUUUUGUGAAACAAGAGACAUCACAAGGCCAUUUCCUAGUCGAGUUUCUGUAAAAACACCUGAUGAUGAAUUUGUUUGGAAUGGAUGGUUUUCAACUGCUUUCAAAAGAAUUGGGUUGGAUCAACACUGUGUCAUUUUGCUUCAGGGAUUUGUGGAAUAUCGAACUUUUGGAAGCUUAGGUCAGCAAGAUGGAAUUGUUGCUCUUAUAGCUAGGCGUAGUAGGCUGCAUCCUGGCACUCGAUACUUAGCAAGAGGCUUAAAUUCUUGUUAUAGCACAGGAAAUGAAAUUGAGUGUGAACAACUUGUAUGGGUACCAAAAAGAGAUGGACAAAAUGUGCCUUUCAACACAUACAUAUGGAGAAGAGGCACUAUUCCCAUAUGGUGGGGUGCAGAGCUAAAGAUGACAUCAGCAGAAGCAGUAAUUUACAUUUCUGACCGUGACCCUUACAAAGGAAGCGCGCGAUAUUACCAAAGAUUAACCAAAAGAUACGAUUCAAGAAACAAGGGUAUAAAUGGAAACCAAAAUAAAACAAGUUUCGUCCCCAUUGUAUGCAUCAACCUUCUUAGAAACGGAGAAGGAAAAUCCGAAUCCAUUUUAGUCCAACAUUUCGAAGAAUCCUUAAAUCACAUCCGGUCAAACGGUCAACUCCCUAACACAAGACUUCACUUAAUAAACUACGAUUGGCAUACAAGUAUCCGAUUCAAAGGUGAACAACAAACAAUUGAAGGACUUUGGUAUCAUUUAAAAUCUCCCACAAUCUCCAUUGGGAUCACAGAAGGUCAUUAUUUACAUUCUCGUGAAAAUAUCCAAGAAGCUGGUGAUGUCAUCGUUUACAAUGAUGACAUCAUCGGUUGCUUUCGCUUACACGUGCAUCAAAACGGUGUGAUUCGUUACAACUGUGCGGAUUCUUUGGAUAGAACAAAUGCUGCUAGCUAUUUUGGUGGGCUACAGGUGUUCACUGAACAAUGUAGGCGACUUGGGAUUUUUCUUGAUGCUGACGUGGCGUUGAAGCCAAGUGGAUCGCCAGCGAGGACAGAUAAAUCGUGGAAGAGAUUUGAUAUGACAUUUGAGGAGUUUAAAAGGUCGACUAUUUUGUCACCUGUUUGUCAGUUAGCUGAGCUUUUUUUAAUUUCGGGGGAUAUUCAUGCAACUAUUUAUACGGGUUCUAAAGCAAUGCAUAGUCAUAUUUUGAGUAUUUUUAGUGAAGAAGCAGCUAAAAAUAAACAGUUUUCAGUUGCACAAAAUGUGAAGAUAACACUUCAAAGAAGAUAUAAUAAUGCAGUUGUGGAUAGCUAUCGACAGAAACAGUUAGAGAUGUUUCUUGGAUUAAGGCUUUUUAAGCAUCUUCCUUCAAUAUCAAUUCAACCUUUGCAUGUGCUAAGUAGACGAUCUGGUUGUCUUCUAAAACCGAUUGCUAGCAUUGACUCAAGUUCUGAUGAUGGAGACAGUCUUCUUAGUUUUAAACAUAAAAAUCUCAUCUGGAUUUCCCAACAGGCGGCGGAUAUAAUUCAACUUUUUAUCUACCUUGGCGAGCCUUGUCAUGUUUGUCAACUUCUUCUCACAAUUUCACAUGGUGCAGACGAUUCAACAUAUCCAUCAACAGUCGAUGUCAGAACAGGACGCGAUCUUGAUGAGCUUACACUUGUUUUAGAGGGAGCUUCCAUUGCUAGAUGUGUUAAUGGUACAAACAUGGUGAUACCAAUACCGGGGCCCAUUAGUGACGAUGACAUGGCGUUCACAAGAAGUGUAACGACCCCACCUACCCACAAACCUAAGUUACCGUUUUUAUAUGAUUUCGAAGGUCGCGAGGGCAAUUUGGACUUUCUCACUCGGGUGGUUGUUCUCACAUUCUACCCAUCUGAGUCUACCACUUCCCCUGUCACUAUCGGUGAGGUGGAGAUACUUGGGAUUUCUCUUCCAUGGAGAGACAUAGUUGCGUCUGAAAAGCUAUGGGAACGUUUGAAUAGUAUCAAAGAGAACAAUCCGUGUGUUAUUGCUUUGACAAAUGACAUAGCGCCACCUGGCAAAUCUGAUACAAUGGAUCUCUUGUCAGGUGAUGACAUCGUUUCAGAAUCUGUUUCACAGCCAAUGACAGAAAUCAGUUUGCUUGAUCAUGGUUACAUUGAAGACAAUAAAACAAAUUCAAUACAACAAGAUAAAAUACAAACCAAAGGGGACGUAGCAGCGCUUCAGUACAUAACUUGCUUCAAAAUGUUGUCAGCUUUACAUGGGGGUAACAAAUUAGGGUUUAAAGAAGGGAUGAAACUUGAAAUCGAACGUCUUAGGCUCAAUCUAUCUGGUGUUGAACGCGAUAAAGCUUUAUCAUCAAUUGGAAUCGAUCCAGAAAGUAUAAAUCCGAACGUGUUAAUAGAAGAAUCUUAUAUUUCUUCAUUAUGUAAAGCCGCAAAUGCGGUUGCAUUUCUAGGUCAAGCUUCUUUAGAAGACAGAAUUAUUGGUGCGAUUGGUCUUGAUAUUAUCGAAGAUGAAAAAAUCGAUGUGGAUUUUUGGAAUAUUAACAGAAUCGGGGAGAGUUGUUGCAGUGAAUCGUGUCAAGUUCAUAUGGGGACUUCGACUUUGAAUUCUUCUUCUUCACAGUCGAUUUAUUUAUGCUCUGCGUGUAAUCGGAAGGUUUGUAAAGUUUGUUGCGCGGGAAAAGGUGCUGUUCUUGUUCUUCAGAAUCGUGGUGUUAAUGAACGGUGUUUAUUGAUGGAUGGGGUUAUUUGUAAGCUGUGUUGUGAUGAUAGUGUUCUUGAUGCGUUGACUUUGGAUUAUCUUAGGGUUUUGAUUAGCGAGAGAAGAAGUAGGGAUGCUGAAACGGCGACGUAUAAAGCUUUGGGUGAAAUUGUAGGGAGGAAUUAUAUCGCCGGAAAAAGGGAGUCGUCGACUGAUAAAAAUGGAGAUGUCAAGGCGGCGCUUCAACAAUUACUCAAUGGAGAAGAAUCGUUGGCUGAAUUCCCAUUCGGAAGCUUUCUGCACUCGAUUGAAUCAGCGUCAGGCUCAGCACCACCAUUGUCGUUGCUUGCACCUUUGAAUACCGGAUUAAAACAGUCGUACUGGAGAGCACCUCCGACCACCUCUUCUACUGAGCUUAUUAUCGUUCUCGGCAAUCUCUCUGAUGUCUCCGGCGUUAUCCUUGUCGUUAGUCCCUGUGGCUAUUCCAUGUCCGAUUCCCCCAUCGUGCAAAUUUGGGCAAGCAACAAAAUACACAAGGAAGAAAGAUCGUGUGUCGGAAAAUGGGAUGUGAAAUCAAUGCUCACAUCUUCGCCGGAGCUUUGUGGCCCAGAAGAAUCCAAUAUUCAAACGCCUCGCCACAUCAAAUUCGACUUCCGAAAUCCUGUGCGAUGUCGUAUGAUUUGGAUAAAAUUGAGUAUCCAGAAAGUUGGAUCGAGUUCCGUGAGUUUCGAGAACGAUUUCAAUCUUUUAUCCUUUGAUGAAAGUCCGGCCUCCGAUCCCGGCGGCAGACGCGCCUCCAUAGCAGGAACAUCGGAAACUAUUCCGUCUCUGCACGCCAAAAGAAUUCUCGUAGUUGGAUUUCCGGUGAAAGCGGAUAUAAGGCGGUCGUCGUCGCAGAGAUCUGAGCAUGCUAGUAGCAUCAAAAAUUGGCUGGAGAAACCGCCAUUGUUAAACAGAUACAAGGUUCCGAUUGAAUCCGAGAAGUUGAUCGAGAACGAUCUGGUUUUGGAACAAAACAUGUCUCCAUCUUCACCGGUGGCAGCAGGCUUCCGGCUCGAUGGUUUUAGCGCUAUAAAACCUCGAUUAAAACAUUCACCUUCAACAUUGGAAGCAGUACCUACAGUUUUCGAACAUCGAUUCAUAUCUCCACCGGUAUUAAGUAUUCAAGUAUCGACAUUAAAGGGGUUGUCGGAGGAGACGGUGGUGGUUGCAGAGUACCGGAUACCGGAGGUGAAGAGUGGAACGGCGAUGUACUUUGAUUUUCCUAAAGCGAUGAACAGUCGAAGAGUACGAUUCAGGCUGGUCGGAGAUGUUGCUGGGUUUGCCGAUGAUCCGGAAGACGGCGGCGAUACAGGGCGGCCGUUGGCGGCGGGGUUGUCUUUGUUAAACCGGAUUAAGUUAUACUACUAUGCCCACCCUGCUGAUCUUGGCAGAUGGGCUGGCCUUUCUGGGGUGUUUCGAGUUUAUGAGAGAUUGUAG